GGUUACCGCAAUAUUAGUAAUCAUUGAAAAUGACAUCUUUACAAAAAUUGACAACAGUUGCCAGGCUGUUAGGCCUUAGGCAACAAUCCAGGGCAGAAGUAGUAAAUGUGACUAGAAAUUACAGUGUUUUCAAUCCAACUUAUGUAAAACCUGUAUUCAGACCUGAAGAACAAGAAGCCUUGGAUCAAGAGGAAGAGUUGAAGGCACUGUCACUUUUACCUAUUAAGCCAGCAUUCACUGAUGAUACCUCGUCCGAGUUUUAUGAUAAACAAGUCAGUAAAUUUAUUAAUUUCCUAAUGAGAGAAGGCAAAAAAGAAAGAGCUAGAAAAGCUCUUGAGAAUACAUUUGAAAAUAUUAAAAGAAUACAACUAGAGAAGUAUAAUAAAGCAACAGAUCCUGCAGAAAAAGAAAAAAUAGAGCUUGACCCUAGAGCUAUUUUACGUCAAGCCAUUGAAAACAGUACUCCUGUGCUUGAAUUAUUAAAAAUGAAAAAAGGUGGUCAAACAUAUCAGGUUCCUGUUCCACUGACUGAAAAAAGAGCACAAUUUUUAGGAAUGAAUUGGCUCAUUCAAGCUGGAAAGGAUAAACAAAUGAAAGUUCAUUUGAGUGAAAAAUUAGCGCAUGAAUUGAUUGAUGCUGCAAACAAUGAGGGAAGAGUUAUAAAGAAAAAACAAGAACUGUAUAGGCAGUGUGAAGCAAAUAGAUCAUAUGCUCAUUUUAGGUGGUUCUAAUUAUGUUGUUAUUUAUAAUAAAUGUAAAAAUAUUUUUUAAUUUAUGAAAUAUAACGUCUAUAAGGUAUUCGAA